AUGAACGAGUCGAGAGCCGCUCGAUAUCCACCAGAGAGAAGAGUAGCGAUGAGAGGAAACAACUCCCUCGACCGCUCCCGCAUGUCCUAUGACUGUGUGACGGACAAGAGAAGAGCAAAGGCAAGCUGCCUCUCCAAGGUGACGCCUGCUCGCCCUCUCUUGGUGCUGCUGACGCACAAGCAUCGCGAGCAGACGAUCUCUGCGGUCCUCGCGACCGAGCAGGAGUCAUGGUGGAUGUCGAGGAUACGCGAGAUGUCGUGCAAGGAUCUCAAGAGCAUGGUCAGGAUCUCAGCGCUAGAGCAACAGCUUGUGGGCGAGCAGACCAAGAUGAAGAUGCUGGAAGAGAAGCUGAGGUCUGCAGGCCUGCAGGCAGAGGAGAACAAGUCGUUUGACAUGACUCAAGUGCUGAAGAUGCAGGAGGACCGUCACAAGCAAGAGAUGAAGAGGCUGCGAGAAGAGUCGCAAGGCCGCGUCGCUUGUCUCAAGGCGAGUCUGCGCUCCUUCCGUGCUCAGCAGCAGCAGCAGCAGCAGCAGCAGCAGCAGCAGCAGCAGGUGGAGAAGCAGGAGGAGGAGCAGUUGGUGGAUGCUUGUAGAGCUGGUGACAUGCUGGAGCAGAGCAAGCUGAGGGAGGUGAAGGCUUCAAACGAGUCGAUGCAGCAGGAGAUCGAGCGACUGAAAGGUCUCGAGCUCGAGCUCGAGCAGCAGACGUCAAGGUGCGAUCGAUUGCCGUUGCAGCCGUUAGUUCGAGGUUACGGCUGCAACAGAGGCGACGGGCUGGAAGAAGACAAGACAAGGCUGAAUGGGAGGCUGGAGGAGAUGGAGGGAGAGAUGGAGAGCAGGAGGCAGAUAGAAACGCAGCAAGGAGAGCAGAUCGCAAGAGCUCUUCACGACCUCAACCUCUGCCGUCAGCAGGUCGAGGACCUGAGGAGCUCAAGCUUGUUGCAUGUGAUACCUCAUACUGCCUGUCUUGCUGGGCGAGAUGCGCGUGUGAAGUUGCGUGUCUGCAAGGAACAAAAGCUGGAGGAAGCGGAAGAAGCGAUGAAGGAGGUCGAGCACAAGCUACAAACAUCAGAGAGCAUGCGGGAGGUCAACGUAGAGGAGCUGGAGAAGGCGCGACAAGACAACCAGGUCUUACAGCAGAAGAAUGAGAUCUUGAGCAACGUCUUGGAGAGCUUGCAGGAGGAUAUGCGAGGGCUGCAGGUGGAGUAUGCGGAGAUGAGGGAAGGGAAAGCUGCUUCAGACGGCAAGAUUGUAGAGCUGAUAAGACAGUUUCAACAAGAGAAAGAUGAGUAUGCUGAGGCGAUCGAAGAGAGACUGAAGAUUCAGAUGACGAUUAUGAUAACGAUGAUGAUAAAUCACAUGAUGGUGAUGAUGAUGGAGAUGAUGAUUGAGAUGAUGAUGUGUGAUGAUGAUUACAAUGCUGACGAUGGGAGCAGCAAUCUGAAGAGAGAAUCUCCCAGACUUUGA